AUGUUGGCUCGUUCCCUCCUGCGCGGUCCCAACCGGGCCAUCGCACGCCAGUCGCUCGGCAAGUCCACGCUCCCCUUCUACCUUACCCUCACUGCUUCGCUCGCGACUGCCGCCGCCGCCGGUUCCGCCGCCUGGUACUACCACCUCUAUGGCCAAGAGGCCUUCGCCAUGACACCCGCUGAGGAGGGUCUGCACCCUACUCAGUACCCCUGGGUUCACGAACGCUUCAACAAGACCUUCGAUCACGCCGCUCUCCGCCGUGGUUUCCAGGUUUACCGUGAGGUUUGCGCCUCUUGCCACUCUCUGACUCGUGUCCCCUGGCGCUCUUUCGUCGGUGUUAUGCACACCGUCGAUGAGAUGAAGGCCAUGGCCGAAGAGAACGAGUACGAUACCGAGCCCAAUGACCAGGGCGAGAUCGAGAAGCGCCCUGGAAAGCUUUCCGACUACAUCCCCCCUCCCUACAAGAACGACGAGGCUGCCCGUGCCUCCAACGGCGGUGCUCUGCCCCCGGAUCUGAGCUUGAUCAUCAAGGGUCGUCACGGUGGUUGCAACUACGUGUUCAACCUGCUCACCGGUUACCCUGACGAGCCCCCGGCGGGCGCCAGCGUUGCUGAGGGCAUGAACUUCAACCCCUACUUCCCUGGUACCGGUAUUGCCAUGGGCCGUGUCCUGUUCGACGGCGUUGUCGAGUACGAGGACGGUACCCCCGCUACCACUUCCCAGAUGGCCAAGGACGUUGUCGAGUUCCUGAACUGGGCCGCCGAGCCCGAGAUGGACGACCGCAAGAAGAUGGGUGUCAAGGCCAUCGCCCUCCUGACUGGUCUGUUCGCCAUCAGUGUCUGGGUCAAGCGCUACAAGUGGGCUCCGAUCAAGUCCCGGAAGGUCGUUUACAGCCCCCCGAUCGGCCCCCGCCGCUAA